GCGGCGGCGGUGGUUCCGCUUCCCCUCGGGCCCGGCCGGUCGCCAUUGCCGAAGGCUGCUGCCCUGCCUCCCGCCCGACAGCUCGCCCGCCCUCCGUCUCGGGACCCUGGCUGGGGCUCGCCGCGUCGCGUCCGGCGCCGCUUCUCCUCCCGUCGCUGUCCGCGCGCGUCCCCGGAGCCCGAAGCGCUGGGACGGAGGCGCCUGGCCGGGCCGAGCCGAGCGGGACCUUCCCUCUGCCGGGCACGGCAUACAUAAUUUGAAUCAUGUCUGAUAACGGAGAAUUGGAAGACAAACCUCCAGCGCCUCCUGUGCGAAUGAGUAGUACCAUUUUUAGCACUGGAGGCAAAGACCCUUUGUCAGCCAAUCACAGUUUGAAACCUUUGCCCUCUGUUCCAGAGGAAAAAAAGCCCAGGAAUAAAAUCAUCUCUAUAUUCUCAGGCACAGAAAAAGGAAGUAGGAAAAAAGAGAAAGAACGACCAGAAAUUUCUCCUCCAUCAGAUUUUGAGCACACAAUCCAUGUUGGGUUUGAUGCUGUUACUGGAGAAUUCACUGGUAUGCCAGAACAGUGGGCUCGAUUAUUACAAACUUCCAAUAUCACCAAACUAGAACAAAAGAAGAAUCCUCAGGCUGUGCUAGAUGUCUUAAAGUUCUAUGACUCCAACACAGUGAAGCAGAAGUAUCUGAGCUUUACUCCUCCUGAAAAAGAUGGCUUCCCAUCUGGUACACCAGCACUCAACACCAAGGUAUCUGAAACAUCAGCAGUAGUGACAGAGGAAGAUGAUGAUGAUGAAGAGGCUGCUCCACCAGUCAUUGCCCCACGACCAGAUCAUACGAAAUCGAUUUAUACACGAUCUGUAAUUGAACCUAUUCCUGCAGCAAUUGGUGAUUCUAAUAUUGACAGUGGUGCCAAGUCUUCAGACAAACAGAAAAAGAAGACCAAAAUGACAGAUGAAGAGAUUAUGGAGAAAUUAAGAACUAUUGUGAGCAUUGGUGAUCCUAAGAAAAAAUAUACCAGAUACGAAAAAAUCGGGCAAGGGGCUUCUGGUACAGUUUUCACAGCUACUGAUGUGGCACUGGGACAGGAGGUUGCUAUCAAGCAGAUAAAUUUACAGAAACAGCCAAAGAAGGAAUUGAUCAUUAAUGAGAUUCUGGUGAUGAAAGAAUUAAAGAAUCCCAAUAUAGUUAACUUCUUGGACAGUUACUUGGUGGGAGAUGAAUUGUUUGUGGUGAUGGAGUACCUUGCCGGAGGGUCACUUACUGAUGUUGUAACGGAAACCUGCAUGGAUGAAGCACAGAUUGCUGCUGUGUGCAGAGAGUGUUUACAGGCAUUGGAGUUUUUGCAUGCUAACCAAGUGAUCCACAGAGACAUCAAAAGUGACAAUGUACUUUUGGGAAUGGAAGGAUCGGUUAAACUUACCGACUUUGGUUUCUGUGCCCAAAUUACUCCAGAGCAGAGCAAGCGAAGUACCAUGGUUGGGACACCAUAUUGGAUGGCGCCAGAGGUGGUUACAAGAAAAGCUUAUGGCCCCAAAGUGGACAUCUGGUCUCUUGGUAUCAUGGCUAUUGAGAUGGUUGAAGGAGAGCCACCGUACCUCAAUGAAAAUCCCCUGAGGGCCUUGUACCUGAUAGCAACUAACGGAACCCCAGAACUUCAGAACCCAGAGAAGCUAUCCCCAAUGUUUCGGGACUUCUUAAAUCGGUGUUUGGAGAUGGAUGUGGAGAAGAGGGGUUCUGCCAAAGAAUUAUUACAGCAUCCCUUCCUGAAACUGGCCAAACCAUUAUCUAGCUUGACACCACUGAUAAUGGCAGCUAAAGAAGCAAUGAAGAGUAACCGUUAACAUCAUUGAUGUGACUUCAUUCUCUUUGUUUUUUCCUCUUCAUUUUCUAAAGAAGUCUUUUAAUAUAUGAAAGUUACUACUCGUUGGGGGGUGGUGUUUGUAAAGAAAUGGUCUGUAUAACAUUGAAAAAAGCAAACUAUUUCCUGAAGACAACCAAGAAAAAAUUGUAAAAACAGAGUGUCAACUGUUGUUGAAUCCCUUCUUUAGGGUCCAAAGGAA